CACUGAGACAGUCAGUCCCUCCUGCAGUCAGACAGAGCCCGCUAAACGUGGGCACCGCCGCCACCACAAACUACAGCGACCAAGACAAGAGAAUGAAGUGGUCUCUUAUGAAGACGAGAGGAGACAACCGGAUCAGGCUGAGGUGUUGACGUUCCUCUCUACACCUUUCUCUUUCUGCACAUGGAAGAACUCUGGGACCGAAGGGGAUCAGACAUGGCGACGCUACUGAUGGGGAGCGCCCAGGAAUCUCCGCCCACCCGCCACGUACAAGAACUAUUCCACGAAGCUGCCCAGGUUUCCCAGUCCCAUGUGAAGCCCUGGUGGAAAGUGAAGAUAUUUGUCUGGGAGCCAGUGUUGUUUGGCACCUGGGAUGGAGUCUUCACCACCUGUAUGAUCAACAUCUUUGGAGUGGUUCUGUUUCUGCGUACUGGAUGGCUCGUGGGUAAUACCGGCGUUCUGCUGGGAAUGUUCCUGGUCACCCUGGUGAUCGUAGUGGCUUUGGUGACAGUUCUGUCUGGAAUCGGCGUGUUGGAGAGGUGUAGUCUUGGCAACGGUGGAAUAUACUCGAUGCUCUCCACCGUUCUGGGAGGUCGAGUUGGAGGGACGUUCGGAUUUCUCUACGUCCUUGGACAGUGUGUUGCAGGCGCCAUGUACAUCACUGGCUUUGCUGAAUCCAUUGCUGAUCUACUGAACCUGAGUAACAUCUGGGCAGUUCGAGGGAUUUCCAUUGCUGUACUACUGGGAUUACUUGGAAUUAACCUUGCAGGAGUCAAGUGGAUCAUUCGGUUUCAGUUGCUAUUGUUGGCCUUGCUGGCCAUCUCUACCAUGGAUUUUGUGAUUGGGACGUACACGCAUCUGGACCCCGAUUUUGGAUUUGUGGGCUACACUGAGGAAUUGCUCAAGAACAACACUUUCCCAAACUACAGCCCAGAAGAGACUUUCUUUACAGUUUUUGGAGUUUUCUUUCCCACUGCUACUGGUGUGAUGGCAGGAUUCAACAUGAGUGGAGAUCUCCAGAGACCAGCAUCCAACAUCCCCUUUGGGUCCCUGGCAGCCGUGGGGAUCUCAUGGUUCCUCUAUUUAGUGUUUGUGUUUUUGCUGGGAGCGGUCUGUACAAGGGAGGCUCUCAGAUAUGACUUCAUGAUCGCGGAAAAGGUGGCCCUGGUGGGAUUCCUCUGGUUACUGGGCCUGUACAUUUCCUCUUUAGCUUCUUGCAUGGGAGGUCUGUACGGGGCGCCCAGAAUCCUGCAGUGCAUUGCGCAAGAGAGGGUGAUUCCUGUCCUCGGCUUCCUGGCCAAGGUGAAGGGAGCAAACAAAACUCCAGUGGCGGCGAUAUGUCUGGUCGGACUUGUCACCAUGGCAUUCAUCUUUAUUGGACAAAUGAAUGUUCUUGCCCCAAUAGUCACCAUCAACUUCAUGUUGACUUACAGCGUUAUAGACUACUCCUACUUCUCUGUCUGUAUGAGCGGUGAUAUUCAGCAGAAUGAAAAAAACAGAAACCAAGCCAAUGCCAAAACUUGUAAAUCGGCUCAAACGUUGAACUCGGAUGGUCCACUCAAAUAUGGUGCUGAUGGGUCAGUGAGAGGCCAAACAAAUGGCUCCUUGCUCGAGUUCACCAAGGACAUGAACCAGAUCUUUCACGGCAGGGUAGAAGAGAUGAAAAUGAACGAGGGGACAGAAAGGAGUGGGAAUCACCCGUCCAUGCGAUUGAAGAGUGUGAAGAAAGCCGCAAAACUUUCCCUGCAGGACAGCUUCAUGUUGGACUCGGACAAUUCAUUCGCAACACGUCGAGAGAGCAGCAGUCAGGGCUCUGGGCACGAGCAUGCAGGCGACCUGUCGGAACAAGACACAGGAGAUUCUCAGCCUCUCCAUGAUCCUCCCGCAGCACAAACCAUGGACAACCAACUCGACAACGACAUAGUCGAGUCCACAGGAGGACAAAGUCUUUCUGACACGGAUGAUUCAACUGUAUCUUGUGGAUAUGGUUCCAUUGAAAGACAAAAGUCUCAGGAAACAGAAAUUUACAAAAUGCCACAGUCACUUUAUUCCAGAUUCUGCAAUCGUUGGCUCUCACUCAUCGGUACAAUAGUAUCUGUUCUAAUCAUGUUUAUGAUUCAUUGGAUUUAUGCAUUAAUUAAUAUUGCUCUGGCAUUAUUAAUCUACCUUUACAUUGGACAAAUGAGUCCCGGACUCCCUCUUGGACUAGCUCAUAACUUCCACUUUUUCCGAUGGAUUCAGACAACCUUCCAGGAUUGGGGAAGGAAAGGCUCAACAAGUGAAAAGCAGAUUAUUGUGACCCCAUCGUUUACAGGAGUUGGCAUGGAAACCACUCAACUAACAGAGGAGAACGCUGACUUUGCCUCCCGAGACCGCUACCAUCACUUCUCCGUCAUUAGUCCAGAAGAUCUUCAUCGUCAUUUGAACUAAGUCUUUUUGUACUUAUUGGGUUCUUUUUCUGGUCAGGAUGUUUGCACAAAUGAAAAAUAUGGAUGUACAUUUUAAAACAGAGUUAAAAGAAUUGUAAUAUAUAUACAGACUUAUUACAUAAGUAAGCAGCUAUUGUGUAUAUUUACAUCUUUGAUACGUGUGACCUUUUUGAUUGAUCAUCUAUGUGGCUGUGAUUUAAUUAAGAUUUUUGCCAAAAUAUUUGCAAUGACUUGAAUGUGUAGAUACAUACAGAUAUUUUUUUAUACAAUUUCUGCCUCAGUUGUCAAGUGGAGGGUGAGGUACUGCUAAAAUGGAGGCUUUAAUAUAAAUGUGGGAUGUUUCACCAGGAUUGCUGGGCAGUCCUGAUUAUUUGUGUUAAAAUUUGAUCCCUGUUUCGGAGUGAGUGGAAGAUCCAAAUUCUUGAAUACAAGAAGAUUUUGGUGUGGAUACCUAUCCAAAGCAGAUUUGGUGCUGGGAACCCUUUUAUAUUGAGAAGAAACAUAUUUACCUUUAUUUGCUUCUUGUCCAGCUCUCCUUUUUUCCUGCCCUAGGGAAAUGUUCUUCUCUGGAGUGUGAAAAAUUCUGGUGUCACGAAUGGAAACGGCAUUUUUCAACAGUUUCAGUGAACUUGGAACCAGAGACUGGACAUCACUGGUUUCCUGCGGCGGUAAUCUGUGCUGUGCAACUCUUCGGCAGUUCUCUUGUUCCAUUAAAUGUUGAAAAAUAUUGUUACUGGGUGGGAUCGCAAAUGGUUGAAAGGCGGUGGUAUCAUAACACAAGACUAAUGCUUUCAACUUGCAAAAUAAUUUAAUAAAUGUAAAUAAAAAACAUUUAUAUAAUUUUAAAAGUAUUCACAUUUGCAAGUGGGAUACAUUUCCGAAAUGUAACAAUAAAGAUGCAUGUUAUGGUUUAACAAUGAAUAGAAAGUCCACGUGGAAUGAAUGGAGUUUUACAUCAAGUGUCGCAUCGUUAUAAAUAUGUUAAAAUUGGGUGGAGAAUAAAUAAAAUAGCACAAUGUUAUCAAAAAAA